AUGCCAUCAAACUUCCUGACGCCUUUCUUCGAGUUGGACGAUGAAUUUUGCAAGAAUUUUCGUAGUUUGGAUAUGACGGAAUGCGCUCCCAUCGCCACCCAGAAGCAGCGCGUGAUGGGAUUCCAGCGCAGACAUUCCUUCUGCCCAGUCACCCUGCCCAACUCAAAGUUUAACAGUGGCAGCACAGAGCCUGCGGGCGAGACUCCUUGCUGGCCUCUGAAUGGUGGCAAUCAGCAAUGGAACCGCGAGCAGCAGCAACAGUUGCCUCGGUCCUCCUUAAACCACAUUCCCUUUCGAGUUGAUCGAUCAGUCAGCAUGAUAGAGGGACAUGUGAACAGCCUUGGAGCUACUGAGGCGAACACUCCCCCGAUGCUUCCCCCGCCAGGGUUGAGCAUCAGCAACACCUCGCUGUCAUCAAAAUCCUUGACGUCUACCCCGCCAGUUUCCACACGAUACAAAACAGAACUUUGCCGCACUUAUGAAGAGAGUGGCACUUGUAAAUACGGAGCAAAGUGUCAGUUUGCUCAUGGCGUAGACGAGUUGCGAGGGCUCAGCAGGCACCCGAAGUACAAGACCGAACCGUGUCGCACGUUCCACACCAUCGGCUUCUGUCCAUAUGGCGCGCGCUGUCAUUUCAUCCACAACGCAGACGAACAGCAUGUGACCUCUGACAGCGCGAGACAGAAAAUGAGAGAACGCCCCCAGUUACUGCGUCAAAGUGUUAGUUUUGCCGGCUUCUCUUCCCAAGCCCUGUCUGGCUUCCACGGUGUUCAGGAGCCCAUGGCGUUCUCCAGAGCCUCCUCAGUAUCCCCACCUCCUUCUACAGGUAGCCCCGACCUUUUGUCCCCAUUAUUUCCCGAGCCUGGUGCACUGAAGCACAGCUAUCCGUUUUCGGUUGACCUUGGUAACGAACAGCCAUGUUUCUAUCCAAUUAAUGACUCUAAAAACGGCUGUGCGAAAAACAUUGUAGCCCAGAACUGUCAUCACAACUCUUUCACGUUCACCGGCCUCUCAGCCCUUCAGCGUAGCUUGUCGGCGGAUUCGCUCUCUGAUCAAGAGGGAUACACCAGCUCUAGCAGCUUAAGCGGAUGCGAUUCCCCCAGCCUUGAGGGCAGACGCCUGCCCAUAUUUAGCCGCCUGUCUGUCUCAGACGAUUAG